GCCCAUUUGCCCCCAAGGCCCCAAGCCCCCAACACGGCAACACCGCACCACGACCACGGACUACCGUCUCCUCUCCUUUCCUCUCCUGCAACUGCAAGCGACCACCCCUCCACCCCCAUCCACCCACCCGCCCGCCGACGCUUGGAUCCCCUCCCUUGUUUGCCGUGUCCCCGCCCAAACCCCGUAGCCGCCGCCACAGCAAUCGCUGCCGCCGCCGCUGGAGGCCGGGCCGUGGGGGCUGAAAUGAAGGAGGUGGUGCUCCACGUGUAUGACGUGACCAACAGUGACUCCGAGAAGACGAACAACACCAUCCUCCAGAUCAACCGCAUCUUCAAGGACCGCAUCGGCCUCGGCGGCAUCUUCCACAGCGCCGUCCAGGUCUAUGGCGAGGACGAGUGGUCGUUCGGGUUCUGCGAGUCCGGCAGCGGCGUGUUUAGUUGCCCCAUAGGCAAGAACCCCAUGUACACCUACCGGGAGCGCAUCGUCCUCGGGGAGACCGAGUGCGGCAUCGCCGCCGUUAACCGGAUCCUGCGGGAGCUCAGCCGCGAGUGGCCUGGCCACUCGUACGAUCUCCUCUCCAGGAAUUGUAACCAUUUCUGCGACGUGCUCUGCGAGAGGCUCGGCGUCCCCAAGCUCCCAGGUUGGGUGAAUCGCUUUGCCAAUGCCGGUGAUACUGCUGUGGUUGUUGCUGAGAACACAGCAGUUAAGUUCAGGCAGGCUAAAACAGAAAUCGUGAAUGCCAGUAGAGUAGCAUACAGAUUUAUGGCAGGCCUGACUUCCAAAAAUCAAGCCUCACCUGAGUCUCCGGGUAACAAUCAAAACAGAGGCAGCCCUAGUUUCCAGGGAGCUUGGUUCAAGAACAUCGUCUCAGCUGGUGCAAAGCCUUCAUCGAGUGGAUCGACACGCACACAUUUUCAGGACGCUGAUGAUGGAACCCCUUUGCAACAUCAAAGUUCAACAGAGCAAUCAACACAGUUGUAGUUGCUUCCCAGCAUAUCAACCAACAAUUGAAUUGAAUCUGUCAAUCUGUUGUGUAACAUUAGCUAAUAUCUGUUCGAAACCUGUUGUUAAAUUGUAUCAGUAGUGUAACAGUUGCUGAGAUUUGUUCAAAAACUGCUAUUUUGCAUUUGUCCGUGAA